AUGUCUCUUCCUCGUAUGUGUUCAUUACCUUCAAAUAGUGACGUUGAUAAAGAAAAACGACUGACGACAGCUGCAAUGUUUCCCGGUUUACCAUUUAUUGGUUUUCCAACGGUUACAACAACCGGAAAUUCGGUUUUUCCACCAACUAUGGCCACUCCGUUAUCGUUAUUCAAUCCUCAUAUCCAACAUUAUUAUGCUAAUUUUCUUCAUCAACAGCAACUUAUCCAUAAUUUGCAAAAUCAUUCACCACAGUCACAAAUUGAUUUAUCACCAUCAGUUUCCGAUGGACGUACUUCAUCACAUGUCGAAUCACCAGCAAGAAGUUAG